UAAAAUGCUUCUUUGCUUCUUUUUUUUUUUUUACAAUAAAAUCUCAUUGGCUUAGAACUUCCUCUCUUAUUUCCAAGAAAAAUUGUUAAAAAUGAAUGGCUAUUCCUCUCCUAUAGCUCACACAAGCAGAAGAUUAGAAGGGAAAGUAGCUAUUGUAACAGGAGGAGCUAGUGGAUUUGGAGAAAGUACAGUAAGACUUUUCUUACAAAAUGGUGCAAAAGUUGUAAUAGCUGAUGUUCAAGAUGAAAUUGGACAAUCUCUUUGCAACAAUCUCCUCAAUUGUCCUAAAAAUAACAACAAUGAUUUUACAUACAUACAUUGUGAUGUAACAAAGGUCUCCGACGUCGAAAACCUUAUCGACGCAACAAUUUCCAAGUAUGGAAAACUCGAUAUCAUGUUCAACAACGCAGGAAUUCCGGGGAAUCUCGAUUUCAACAUAAUUGACGCAGAUAACGAGAAUUUCAAAAAAGUAUUUGACGUUAACGUGUACGGAUCAUUUCUCGGGGCGAAAUAUGCUGCACGGGUCAUGAUCCCGGAAAAGAAAGGUGUCAUUCUUUUUACGUCUAGUUUGGCCUCCGUUUCCUCGGGUGAAUCACCCCAUUCAUACACCGCCUCGAAACACGCGGUGGUGGGACUCAUGAAGAAUUUAUGUGCCGAAUUAGGGCAACAUGGGAUAAGAGUGAACUGCGUCUCGCCGUGCGCGGUGGCGACACCGAUGUUAGUGAAGGCAAUGGGUGUCGAUAAGAGCGUCGUGGACGGAAUAAUUUGCUCGUCGGCGAAUUUAAAAGGGGUGGCUCCGACGGCGGAGGAUGUGGCGGAGGCGGCGUUGUAUUUGGCAAGUGAUGAGUCUAAGUUUGUAAGUGGAGUUAACCUCGUGAUUGAUGGAGGUUAUAGUACUACUAAUAUGAGUUACAUAAAAACAAUUCAAAGUGUAUUAUUUUCGGAGUAAGUUCUUUUCGUAUUUGCUUUGAGGUUCGAUUAUUUUAAUUUAAAAGUUGCAUGGCAUAAGAGGUACGUAGUAAAGGAGUUUUUCUAUUUUUAUUUUCUAUGUUUAAAAGAAGAUUGUUAUGAAUUAUGAGUAUCGAUGACAUUUGUAUGUUAUAUAUAUAUUUGAUGAAA